UAUUUUGACCCUUAUUUAUUUUGGUGAACGUACUCUGCGUUAUUUUCCGGGUAAAUUGAAAAUCCGUUUUAAGUAUUCGGUAUAGAAAAAUUUAUAAAAAUGAAUCAGAAUUUAAUUGGCCGGUUAUUCGGUCAAGUUUGGAGGGCAAAUAUAUUGAAUUGUGGUCAAAAUUCUUUUAUUUCGAAACAAACCAAUGCAUUAAAUAAAUUGUGUUUACGUAACACUAGUUUUUUUAACAAACUUCCUGCUGAAGACAUUUGGCGUGGAGUAACAGCGGUUAGCAAUGCUGGAAAGAAAAGAGGCCGUGGAAAAGGAAGUGGAAAGAAAGUAGCAAAGGAUCUUAACAAAGGACAAACUAUCGGUCUUGGAAAAAGCAGUCGCAUAUGGCCUGGAUUAAAUUCACCUGUCAUACGUGGAAACGAACUCAUUCACCAGAAAAAACUUGAAGAAAAUAUAGAUAUAGAGAAUGGAAUUAUGAAAUUUCGAGAUUCAAUGGGAACUUUCAGGUUAAUGAAGUUAAAUCCAAUAGAUCGAGGUUGGUCUGGAAGUAAAAUGCCUGGACGAAGUAUUGGACCGCCUGACACUGUUGGUGAAGAAGAGUUUAUUUCAUUUGAUACCCGAGUCUUGGAAAACAAAAUUGUUUUUAUUAUGAAAGGGAAUAUGGGAAGAAAGCGAAGAUAUUCUGUAUUGUCGGUCACAGGAAAUGGUAAAGGAUUGGCAGGAUUUGCUACUGUUAAAGCCGCAGAAGUACGAACGGCUCUUCGAAAGUCUAAGAACCGAGCAGGACAAAAACUAAUCAAUAUUAGCCUUUGUGAAAAUAGAACUAUUUUCCAUGAUUUUCGUACAGAUUUUGGAAAAACACAAAUUUAUUGUUUUCAAAAACCUGAUGGAUAUGGCUUAGUAUGUCAUCGGGCCAUACAAACAAUUUGUAAAAUUAUAGGUAUAAGGGAUUUGUAUGCCAAAAUUGAAGGGUCAACGAACCUUCAGCAUAUUGUUAAGGCAUUUUUUAUUGGUUUAAUGAGCCAAAGGUCUUAUGAAAACAUUGCUAAUGAAACCAAUAUUAACAUUGUUCAACAGCAAAAGACUAGGAAUGGAUACACAGAAGUAAAAGGAAUUCCAUCUUACAAUUCAACCCUAAAACAUAUUAACCAAGUCGUUGACUAUAUGCAUUUCACCUUAGGAAAUAAAAUUGUUUUAAAACAAAAAAACAUCUUACCAUUUUUUGUUUGUACAAAAGGACACGAACUGCACCAAAUUAAAGCAGAGCGAUUUAGAAACCAAUCUAAUGUUCGACUACACAAGCUAGUAAAUUCAUAUGUUUAACUCAUAAAAUCCUCAAUAAAAAUAUAUAUGCAAAGUUUAAAAAAA